AUGUCAGAUAUCGAUAGUAUACUAAAGUCGAUCAUCACUUCAACCAAGGCGGCAGAUGCUGCAGUUGAGAGUUUAGUGUCAGAAAAUGCAAAAGUUGAUCACCCGGGUUUCAUUACCAAUCUACUAGAGAAAUCUGGACAGAGUGAAGUUGAAGGCAUAUCCUUGCUCUCUUUGAAGAAUCAAGCAUUGGCUUCUUAUGUUAAUAACUUACUAUUAAUUGUUCUAGGUCAGUUGGAUAGGUUAGAGAAUAACGGAAAUAACAAUCUCAAAAAUGAAGCUAUUGAGAGAUCCAUUGUACAAAGGGUUACUUUAGAAAAGGGUGUUAAACCAUUGGAAAAGAAAAUCAACUAUCAGAUUGAAAAUCUUAUGAAAGCAUUCAGCAAAGCUGAGAGCCAAGAUUUACAAGCAAAGAAAGAGCAAGAACAGGACUCCGGUGAUAGUGAUGAUGCUAAAGAUGAUGAAAAGGAAGACAAUGACAUUGAUUCAGAUGAAGAGGAUGAAAUGGCAUUCAGACCUGAUGCUGCAGCCUUGGCCAGAUUGGCUCCUCAGGCGAGCAAAACAUCCACAAGUGAAAAGUAUAGACCACCCAAGAUUUCAGCCAUGGCACCUCCUACCAGCAAGGAUGCGGAUGCCAAGACCGCUCCAACACAAAAACUUCAGAGUAUGGAGGAAUACUUACAAGAACAAAGUGAUCUCCCGACCGCCGAAGCAAGCAUUGGAUCCACUAUUGUCAGCCAUGGUCGUGGUGGUGUCAAGACACAACAUGACAGAAAGAAAGAAAAAGAAAUCCAAACUUAUGAGGAAGCUAAUUUCACGAGAUUGCCCACUGCUCAAACCAAGAAGAGUUUCAGACAAAAGCAAAGGGACAUGGCAAAUCAAUUUGCUGGUGAAGAUUGGAGUAUUUUCAAUAAAGAGAAGGAUUUAGAUUCUGGAACAUCGAGGAAAAGAAAACCUACAACGUCAUGGGAUAGAGCUAAGAGAAAACGUACAUAG